AACAUAGGUCCAUUGCCAAUCCCCUCGAUAAUUAUACGACCUUUCGAUGACUUCGUAAUAUUGAUCAAAUUGUCAUACGCGCAUCGCGUGGCCUUUAAGGAUGUGGCUUGAUCGCCUCUCCGGCCAUUCUACACCGUCAGGGACACUCCACCUUUUCCCAAUCGACACCUUCCCCAAACCACAGACCAUCACGGACUUCCUCUCAGAGCUAUCGACGAAUUUACACCCGCGCUCUUCGUCGACAUCCCUACUACUUACGCCUAAUGACUCUACCACCUCCUUACCAAGCACUGCUCGACAUAUCUCCAAUGGAGCUCCACAAAGGUCGGUGUUCGUACGCACACCUCCCGGAGAGGUUGUCAAUCCGCUGGAUGUCUUGAAUAGUAUUAUUGGGAAGAAAGCGGCAGAUAACAUAUCGGGAGUCACACCUUCGAAACCAGCUGAGUUGGUGGAAACCAUCGAUUUUGGAGAUUUGAGUUUAGAAGAGUUCAUGACCCGCGGGCGGGAAUCAGGUGGUCUUCUGAGCAGCGAAGCUGGCGUAGGGACGAUUGAACAAUUUGCAGGAGAUCGGGACAAGUUUCAGGAGCUUCACAAUGCUAUUACGGAUUGUGAUGAGGUACUGAAAUCCGUGGAAUCCUAUCUUUCCGAUUUUCAGACCGAACUCGGCAUUGUCUCCGCCGAGAUUGAAACCCUUCAGACCCGAUCAGUCCAACUGAACGCUAAGCUAGAAAACCGAAGAAAUGUCGAACGGUUGCUUGGCCCAGCAGUCGAGGAUAUCAGCAUAUCUCCAAACACAAUUCGCACGAUAACGGAUGGGUUGAUAGAUGAAAACUGGGUCAAAGCGCUUAAUGAGAUUGAGACUCGUAGUGCAAGCAUUGAAAAAUCAAGUGUCUCGUCCCUGAAAGCUGUGGACGAUGUUAAGCCACUAUUAGUUGACCUAAAGAACAAGGCAACAAUCCGUAUCCGUGAUUAUCUGGUCUCUCAGAUCAAAGCCAUGCGUUCACCGAAUAUGAACGCUCAGUAUAUACAGCAACACCAUUUGGUCAAAUAUAAAGACCUCUAUUCUUUCUUGACCAGGACACAUCCGACACUCUCAGAGGAAAUCACCCAGGCAUAUGUCAAUACCAUGAGAUGGUACUAUUUGUCAAACUUUACUCGUUAUAGUCAAGCUUUAGAAAAGCUAAAGCUUCACGCAUCCGAUGCAAAUAAUGUGCUAGGUAGCGACCCAUCGGCGCAGAGAGGAACAGGAACAGGUCCAGGGGGCAGAGGCAUCUCGCAUGAUCCUUUCACUAUUGGAAGACGGAUUGAUGUCCUCAAAACCAAUAAUCCUAUAGCCAUCAGCUCAUACAUCGCUGAAGAGGAUAAAUCGGUACACGGUUUUGAGGUGCCGUUUCGACAUUUUAACCUUGCUCUAGUCGACAAUGUGUCGGCCGAAUAUUCGUUCUUAACGGAAAUGUUUUCAGUCAGAUCGUACCAACAGAUAUCACGAAAGGCAGCUGAAAUUUUCGAUCCUGUCUUUGCCCUCGGGCAGAACGUGACCAAACAACUCAUUGAGAACACUACUGAUUGCCUCGGUGUUCUUCUUUGUGUCCGACUCAACCAAAGGGCAGCAUUUGAACUCCAACGACGGAAGGUGCCUGUUGCAGAAUCCUAUAUCAAUGGAAUCAAUAUGCAGCUUUGGCCACGAUUCCAAAAAAUCAUGGAUUUGCAUUGUGACUCUCUGAAACGCCUUGCUUCGGGCGCCGCCAGAAGCUCCGUAGGGGCCUUGUCUCUAACAACAGAAGAUGCAAAGCAGUCGUCAGCUCCACAUUACUUAACCCAACGCUUUGGUCAGCUUCUGUAUGGCAUUUUAUCAUUGAGCAACGAAGGCGGUGAUGACGAACCGGUCUCGAUCAGUCUUAGUCGGUUACGAGGCGAAUUUGACGCAUUGUUAACGAAACUCAGUCGAGGAUCGGGUGAUCCAAAGCGACGAGAACGCUUCUUGUACAAUAAUUACUCUUUGAUUUUGACUAUAAUAAGCGACACAGAUGGUAAAUUGGCAGAAGAACAGAAGGAGCACUUUACGAAACAACUUAAGAAUGCGUCGAAACGCGGCUGAUUCUUCUGCAAUGGGAUUGACACAUACAUAGAUCAAACUGAAUGAGCGUCGGAUAUACCAAUAUUGAAUAUAGCAUGAGAUACCAUUACUUCAAUUAAGUCUAGACUUCCCAUUAUC